UUUUCACAGAGUAUAUCAGAAUAGAUGAACUAUAGUAUACUAAACAGCUCAGUGAGGCGAACAGUUUUUUAUAUUUUACUUGUUUUGUAAGACUUAACCUGCCAGCUGGAUUCUAAACACUGUGAUGUGGGAAAAUAGCAGAAUGAAAAUAUUGACUGUUUUCAUACAAAAUACAACAAUACAUUACGGAAUAAAGAACUCUAAGGCCAAACAGAGAAUUGCUCAGAGCAGCUAUUUUAUUUUGGCAACUUACCAUUGAACUAUGAAAAUGUUGCGAAAAAACAGAAACUAUUUGAUAUUAUUUAUUGGGUUUGUAAUCAUGGCAGCCGUGACUUUGGGAGUCUUUGAUAACUCAAUAAGUCGAGAUUUUCGUAAAGUGGUUAUAACUCAUAAAAUUGAAGGACUGCUACGGAAAAAUGUUAAACUACAUCAUGAAGCUGGUGAAUUUCAUGCUUCAACUACAGAUGUACAAAAUGUUGAUCAUAUUCUAGGAUCAGAAAUAUAUGAAACUAUUCUAGAUAAUAAUAAAAUGGUUCAACCAAAUGUUAAACCAAAUAAAGAGGUUGAAUCAGCUCAGGAUGUUCAACCUAAUUUAGAGGUACAAUCAAAUAUGGAUGUACAAUCAAGUAAAAAUAUACAACCAAGUAUGGAAGUGCAACCAAACGUACAACCAAAUAUGGAAUUACACCCAAAUAUGCAACAGACGGUGGAUAUACAACCAAAUACAAAGAUACAACCAAAUAUAGAUAUAUACCCAAAUAUACAACAAAACACACAGGUACAACCAUUUAGUGUAUACCCAAAUGCAAAUCAAAACUUACUGAUCUAUAACAGAUUCCCAAAAAGUGGCUCAACGACUAUGAAUUACUUUUUAAGCCAAAGAAAUGGGAGUAAUUUUAUUUUUAUCCAUUCCAACACUUACCAAAGACGACUCCACAGUACACAGGAAAUUCUGGAUUUUAUACAAUCAUUCCAAAAUUUAACUACUACAAAAAAAUACUUAUUCGACCGCCAUUUACAUUUUGUGAAUUUUGAAAACUUCGGUUACAAACAGCCGAUUUAUUUAAACUUGCUACGAGAGCCUCUGGAGCAAAUACUGUCUAAGUACUAUUAUAGGUAUUACAGAUUGUUGAAUCCCGAUUAUGCCAAAGACUAUGGGGCUGAUAGACUGGCUGAGUUCUACAGGGAACACAAAAAUCAAACUUUUGAAGAAUGUAUCCGAGAUAUUGCUUUUAAUAAGAAAAGUACCAUCAAUGAAAAUAUAAACAGUUUGAUUGGUGAGAAUAGUGACUUGGAUGGUAAUGCCAUUGAUAAAAAUAGUAUUUUAGAUGACAAAAAUGGUAUAAAUAAAUAUAACAGUGUGUCUUUUAAUGACGUAAGUACUAUGGAUGAUAAUAGAACUAUUAAUGACAGCGGUGCUAAUAAUGACAGCAGUGCUAUUGUUAAUGACAACGGUGCUAUAAACUACAAAGAUCCUAUAAAUGUAGGCCUUCAAAAACAAUGUUUUUUCCACAAGGGUCAGAAGUAUGUUGAAUGGUUCUGUGGCCAUGACGAUAGCUGUUCAAAUAUGGAGUAUGGAGUACCCCAAGCUAAACACAACAUUGACAAAUACUACAUGUUGGUAGGCCUAACAGAUGAGUACUCGAGAACACUAAACGCAAUGGAGCAACUACUUCCAUCCUAUUUCGAAGGUAUGGGGAAAAUUAAUACUAGAGUAAAAAUGAACAGUGUGCCGUCUAAAUAUAAGAAGAGACCGACUUCACAGGAAGUAAUUGAUUUUGUGAAAAGGAGAUUAAAAUAUGAAUAUGAAAUAUAUAAUUUUGUGAAACAGAAGUUUUACAAAACUUUACAGAAACUCAACAUCAAAUGAACAUCAAGAUAAGCUAAGUUAAAUAUAAGAUAAAUUCAGGAUAAGCUCAGGGUAAGCUUAUAGUACAAUAGAGAUCAAGACAUAAGUUCAACAUAAGUUAAAAUACAAGAUAUUUAUAUGAUUUUUAAGUAUCUAUUAGUAAAACGUGAAAAUAUUACAAAUUCCAUUAAUUACAGUUUAUCAUAAUAAUGAGAAUAAUAUGUCAAUUUUCAACAUUUAAUUAAAAUAUUUUGAUUUUGAUGCAUUCUACCAUGAUUUAUAAGUAUCUAUAUAAAACGUGAAAAUAUUACGAAUUCCAUUAAUUACAGUUAAUCAUAAUCAUGAGAAUAACACAAAAAUUUUGAUUGAGCGGAUCUACUCUUUAGCGAAUGUUAAUAGUUGUAAAAAACAAAGUUUAGAGGUAAUACACCCUAAAGGGAAUAGGAGAGGAGUUAAAAAAAUGAUUUCAAUAGUGGCAAUUUUUGUAAGAAAUAUUCUAGUUAAAUAGAAAUUAACAUUUAAAAUUUGUUAUAUGGGGGAGAGGGAGGUAAUACCUUAAUUAAUUGUAGUUAAUUUCCACAACUGUCAACAUUCACUAUCCCUUAUAGUUCAGAAUGAAAGGCAAUCAACAUUUUUUAUGGCAUGUAAUUUAUACCAUUUUCUUAAAGGCCCCAUAUAAAGUUUCAACCUCUUUGGCUAAGAUUAUAGUCCUACUCAAUGUUGUCUAAAUGUGCUAUGAAAAACGUUCAAUUUAAUUUCAAAAAGUUGACUUUGAAGGACUUUUUGUUCAAAAAAUUGUGUAUUUAUUUCAAAUCUUUAUUUAGUGAAAAAAAUAAGAAGUUAACUCAUAAACCCAGAAAAAUGACUCAAAGAAAAAAAAUCAUUUAAAAUUUUAGUUCUCGUUGAAUCUGAUGGUACUUGUACAUAAAUAUUUUUAAAAAAAUUAUAAAAUGUAUUUUCAAUCAAGAUAGGUGAGCAAUAUUGCUUUAUUUGAGAGUUUAGCAUAUCUAGAAAACGUGUACCAGAAAGAAUUGUCAAUUUUUGAAAAAUAUUUUGCCAACUGAGUGAUAUCACAGUGUGUCGUUAUGACAUCACAAAUUUUAAAAAUGCUUUAAAAGUUUAUAUGCAUAAAAUGGUUGACAUAAUUUAACCUUUCAAUGAUCUAUUUAAUGGAGUGUAGAAAAUAUUGUGUUUUCAGUGUUAAGUACAUAUUUGAUGAUCUAAAAUGGUGGGAAAUACAAAUAUUUGAAAAUUAUAUGAUCAACUUUAUUUCUGAAGUCUCAUUUUUCAAAGAUGUCUUACAUAGUUUAUCAAGUCAUGAAAAGUAAUACAUGUACCCGUAUUUCAAUUAUUAGAGUAAAUUUUCAAGCUUUACAUGGGAUCUUUAAAAAUAAAAUGUACCAUUAUACAUAAAAUGCACCAUCACAUAUAUACAUAUACCAUAUUGAGCACUCCACCAAAAUUAAUAUAUUUUCUUAAUCAUACUGUACUUCUACUCAAUUUGGAAGCCGUUUUUAAUUUGGCGGAUUUGCCAAAUUGUUAUAGUCCACCAAAUUAAGUCAACGCCAAAUUCUAAAAUUCCUGGGG